AUGGCCGGGGAGGAGCCGCUGGACCGCGCGGAGACCCGAACGGCCCAGCUCUGCUGGAGACCCAAGCCAGUCUUCGGGUCCAGCCUCGGGACUGCGCCUGCUAGAAGCAGAGGAAGGCGAGGCCCGGCAUCUGCGCCGCGCAGCCCCUCCCUUCGCUGGACCGGUGGGCGCUGCCCAGCUUCCCCGGCCCGGCGCGGCCACCAACCCGCCUCCACCCUGCCCGGGAGCCGCGGCGCCUGCAAGAUGAAUGAAGCGUCGGCCACUGGGCAGAAGCUGCCCUGGGGAGGGAAGGAGACACCGCCUGAGACUUCGUGCCCGGCGCCCCCUCUUUGCCCCUCCCGGCCUCUUGGGACUAAAGGGCGGAGGCCGCGCCUCUUGGCGCGUUUGGGAUGA